AAGCCUGCCUACUGCAAGUGCAGCCUCAUAUUAGACCUGAUGGUAGGCGCCCAAGAUAUGAUUCUCUCUGUUGACCAAUUUCCUCCAGACUCCUGCUGUGUUUUUCUCCCAAGCAGCAACUCGCACCAGAGUCUACCAUACUAGCAAUCAUGUCGGCAGGACACUCUGAACCCCAUGUUUUGUACAGUGUCAACAACAUCUCGGCUUUUGCUGUACAAGAUGGAGAAGAGCAUCAGAUUACUACUUCUGGACCACAGACUCUAUCGCUAUUGAUGGUCCCUACUUCGUCGCCCUUCGCAGACCUUUCCAGCACCGAGCCCAGCAGCGCAGCGCCUGAGGAAGACUUCUACCUUCACCUUCACCUCCCUCCCGAGCUCGAUCUACCCUUGCCUGCGACCACCCAAAUAUUCCACAAGCCACCAAGCAGUUACCUCAUUCCGCGAUGGGAUCUGGGUCCUGACGCUGGGGCUUUCAUUCGCAUUCAAUUCCCUUCAGUCGGUACCGGUCUAGGGAAGGUAACGCAAGAGGAGGUAGACACUUUCGAGACCAUUCUUGCUCAAUGUACAGCCUUCCUCGAACGUGCACAUGGUGCCUCUCAAGGUGUUGAACGGUAUAACCCUCAGGAUUAUCGACCAGGAGAGGGCUAUAUCAGUUCUACAGCACCUGGAAAAGAGCAUCCUCCUCAGCAUGGUCAGAUCGUGCUCAUCGAUGAGGAGAAUGGUAGCGUGAUCGGAGAACUUGGGAAUACCUAUGACUUAGUUGAGGCGUCGUCCGUCACACCUGGCUCCAAAAGGCCAGUUCAAAUUCAGCUACCGGCUGAAGGCCAAGGUAACCAGAUUCGGGUUGAUAACGUCUCUGAAGAAUUUCUGGCGAUAACAAGACAUCCCGCUUAUGCGAAGUCGACCAUUGUGCAAUCGUCGGCGACCGCAUCCAGACUCAUAGUGACAAGCUCGAAUUAUCUGGCUGAAAAGAUGUCUUCUGGUGCCAAUGCGUUCCAGCAGAAAUCGCAGCCGAAUCCUAAACCCAUGACCUUCUCUCCUGCAACCCACGCCCGCAUCCGCCAGAUACACUCUUUUACACAAGGCGCUGUUGGCGUAAGCGCGAAAACGGUUGGCCAACUAGGCAAAUAUGCUCAGAAUUUCGGCGCCCGCAUGGCUGGCAAGGGUGAGAAGGGCAAAAAGGAAGCGGGCAAAGAUUACAAACCUGGACUACUGAACAAAUCCAUGAUCGCCUUCUCGACUAUCGCCGAUGGCAUUGACCAAGCCGGGCGCAAUCUAUUGGCGUCUAGUUCGGUAGCAGCAACGAACGUGGUUGGUCACAAGUACGGCCCGGAGGCUGGUACAGUCGUACAAGGGCUCGCUGGUGGUGUCAAGAACGUCGGCUUGGUUUAUAUUGACGCCAUGGGAGUAUCAAGGCGAGCAGUAAUCAAAUCUGUGGCCAAGGGAAUGGUUGUGGGAAAGAUGCCCAACGGCCAACAGCUGAUUGUGGGCUCAGGCGAUGGUGGAGUGAUUCCGGCCGAGGCCUAUCCUCCUGACUCGAAGCAAAACGACCAUCAUUCUUCGAAUGUCUAUGGAGGUGCCUCUCAAGCUGGAGUGAGCACCCCAGGCUAUGGCGUCGAAAAUUAUGGUAACACUGCCAAUGCACCACCAGCGUAUUCUGGAGUUGGCGAGCCACUGGGUUCGACUUUGCAAGGGCAAAACGUCAGGGAGAAACGAUGAGGGACUCCGAUGCUUGCAUGAUCAUUAUGGGAGGAAGGCCUCUUGUUUCGAAAUGGACGCUCGGACGUUGAAGAUUUCCAGCCGAUACAAUCGUUCUGGAACACAUAGCCGAUGACUCGUAACGAAGCUACGAUGAAACAACGCAUUGAUCAUUUAGACGGUGAUGCGCAACUGUGCAGCCGAAGGUCGUAAUCG